CAAAACAUUCAACUCUUCUUUCUACAACAAAAAUGAGAGUAAUCACGACCCUUUCUUCCAUGAUCAAACCGGGCGAACCAACAUGGUCCGGUCGGCUCGCACUAUCCGAACUCGACCAGACUGGUAUGACCACACAUGUUCCAACAAUUUACUUCUACACCAAACCAUCUGAAAACUGGCACACGGUCUUGCAAACCCUAAAAGCCUCACUCACCACAACACUAGUUCAAUUCUACCCUUUAGCUGGCAGGUUGAGUUCCAUUGCCCGUGGGCGCUUGGAACUCAACUGCAAUGCUAACGGCGUAUGCUUCACUGAAGCUUAUGCCGACGUAAAACUAGUUGACUUGGGUGAUUUUUUUCAGUAUCCAUUCUUUGAUCAACUAAUGCCUUCCGUAGAUUAUCGAAAUACUCCCAUUGAAGAUACUCCAUUGUUACUAUUGCAAGUUACAAGAUUUCUUUGUGGAGGGUGGUCUUUAGGGUUCUUUAUUUCACAUGUUGCAGUCGAUGGGCAAAGUGCGCUACAUUUUCUGUCAGAAUGGGCUAGGGUUUGUCGUGGUGAACCAUUGGGUUAUCCACCCUAUCUUGACAGAAAAGUUUUGCGUGCUGGUUACCCACCGACUGUAACUUUUAACGGAAACAUUGAGCAACAUGCACAAUGUAGUCCUCCACCAAUUCUUAUAGGUCAAUCAAGCAACGAAAACGAACGUCGACAAGAAACAACCGUAACAAUGUUGAAACUAACAGAAACCCUAGUCGAAAAACUUCUUAACAAAGCUAACAAAAAUCACAAACUAGAAUCCGGUCGUCGUUUCACACGGUAUGAAGCCGUAACUGCGCAUGCAUGGCGCACCGCAUGCAAGAUUCGUAACCUAGAACCGGACCAGAAAACUUCAAUUGGCAUUUGUAUAGAUGUUAGACGCCGAAUGAACCCACCAUUGCCGGAAAAGUACUUUGGAAAUGCGAUUGUGGACCUGAUCGCCACCGGAACUUCUGGUGAGUUAGUGUCAAGCACAUUAGGGUUUGUUUCCAGUAAGAUUAGGGACACAAUCAACAAGGUGGAUACUGAUUAUGUGAACUCAGUGAUUGAUUUCUUGAAGAACCAAGAAGACUUAUCAAAGUUUCAAGAUCAUUUGCAAUUGAGUAAUAAUGAAAAAGGGCCGUUUUAUGGAAACCCUAAUCUUGGUGUGAUUAGUUGGUUAACAUUGCCGAUGUAUGGUAUUGAUUUCGGAUGGGGGAAGGAGUUGUUUACCGGACCAGGAACAAAUGAUGCCGAAGAUGGCGAUUUCUUGAUUCUUCGUGGGGUAGAAGGAGUUAGGUCGUUGAUUGUAGCAGUGUGUUUACAAGUGAGACACAUUGAGGAUUUCAAAAGAGUAUUCUAUCAAAGUAUUGAAGAAGACUGAGACUGCUUACAAUUUCGUUUCAUUGUAUUUGAUUGGAAACAUAUAUAGGUUUUUAAUGUUUAAGGAAUAAGUUAACAAAGAAAUAUGUAACUGUAAAUUAAUCUUUGUUAAUGAUAACAACAUAUAUUUAUGA